AUGCCGACCUAUCGCGACUCCGACCUCGCGUUCAGUAAGUACAACAAUAACCCCGGCACCGGGGGCUCCGGGCUCACGCCGACGAUCCCGCCGAACGGUGGGUACGACUUUUACGCGGAGGAUGAAAAGUACGUCCCGAACGUGCGCGCGGGCGGUGGGACGUCGAGCGAGUGGAGACCGAUGUACGAUCCGACGCGGGAGGAGUACCUGAAGGAUAAGGCGGAGGCGGUGGCGACCGGGGUGCCGAUCGGUACCGUGAUCGAGUCGCGAGUGGCGGCGACGCGACGGGCGCCGACGACGCUGCGCGUGCUCGUGCGCUCGACGCUGCACGUGGACGCCGAGUACGGAGGCCCGUUCUGGAUCGAUCUUCGAGACGAUAUGCGCGUGGAUGAGGUGAAGAAAGCGAUCGCUGAUCGAUGCGGGAUCAUGCCGGGACUCAUGAAGCUCGCGUACGCGGGUAAAAAGUUUGACGACAACUGUCGCACGCUCUCGCAGAUGGGCGUGCGGUAUUGGUCGAAGAAAUUCCCGGAUUGGCCCGUCACCAUCUGUCGCUAA